AUGUUAGUAAGAAAACAUUUAAAAUUAAAGUCAAAAAAAACCUUCUCCUUUUACACACACACAGACAACAAACAUAAAAACUAUAUGAAAAUGAGAGAUGAAUUUAAGGAACAAAAUACUAUAAGACAAAAAAGUGAUGAUAAAAAUUAA